AUGCAGCUGGAUUGUCGCAGUGUCGCUUCUCGUCGCAAUGAAAAAUAUCAGCAUCAAAUUCAGAAGAAUCGAGAGGCAGCGGAUCGAAGUCGGAAUUCGUAUCGAUUUGAGCGUAUGAUGAGCAAUCGCCUGAAAUCAAUCGACGAAACGCUUCGCUCAAUCGAAUCUCGUAUCAGUGCAGAAGUCGAACAACGUGUCGUCACUGCCGUCCAAGAGAUCAUUAACAGUGAUCUGAUCAGAGAUGUGAUCGAUCAACGUGUUCGGGAAAUCAUUGGAACCAACACUCCAGCGACACCCGCCCCAUCCCCAUCAUCGUCUUCUUCUGCCUCGUCAUCCACGUCAUCCAGCAACACAUCCGGCACGUCAUCAGAUUCCGAGGAGUCUUCUUCCACGAUAUCGUGUGCUUCUUCAACAUGCGCAGAGCCACCAACCAGCACUGUCGCCGAGGAUGAUACUGCAUCUUGCUCGGGUAUCGCUGAGCCAAUUCCCAGUGUGAAUGCACCACAUUACCCGAGCAAAUGGGAGUUCGUAACGUGUCUUAAUCAAGGAGAAGUCACUGAUUUCCGAUUAGAUCAGUUCACGGACCCAGUUCGAAAUUCACUCAAAAUGACAUCGGAUCAGGAUAUAUUCCCGAGGAUGUCACUGGAAGAAAUGAUUGAACGAGACCAUCCAACGACGUCAGACAGCUCACUUUUCGACGAGAAGAAGAUUUCAUGCAAGAACCGUCCACAAGGAAAGACGCUGACAGACGAAGAAUUCUUCUGUCUGGCUCCAUGUUGCAGUGACAUGAGACUAUUCCAAGCAGCCUCGUGUCCGUUUCUACCAGCAUUCGUCAGAAAUCGGUUGAAUAAGACAGAGGACUGCAAGGUGAUUGUGCAGAGAACGGCGAAUGGAGUGGAAUUGAUCACACCGAUGAAAUGGCAGAGACCGAAACCGAUAGUGCCGGAUCUGUGUGAUUUGAUGGCUGGAGUUUCGAUGGAAGAGGAGGAGGCAGUGGAUGAGACAGAGGAAGAGGAAGAUCCGUUGUCGAACAGAGACGUUGUGGAGCAGUUAAUGCACGAGUACUUCAUCCCGACACCGUCUGUUCCACUCGAUGACUUCGUCUUUGGUCCGUAUCUCGAACGAGUUCGAGACACCUCCGAAACUGUGCCGAAGAAUUUGCUACAUGAUCUUGUGCGACGCGUCAACUCAAACUUGGACAACAGCUACAAAAGCCAUCAUGAGCUGGAGUUGUUCGCCGAAUUGGAUAAAGUGCCGAUCGACGAGAAGUACGGUCGACUACCAUUCGAUUCGAUGGGCAACUGA